AUGAUAUAAUCUAAUAAUUAACCAAAUCAAACUAAUAUUUCAUAGAACAUUCCAGUAAAAGUCAAGAGAGCAGCAUCUAAAUUAUAAAGGUGGUUCAAAGGUAAAUAAGAUGUAAAGACCUAUUAAAAACUUAAAAAAAAUCAUAGAUAUAGGAAGAAUGUGAUAUCUGAAAUUUAUAACACAGAAAAAUAAUAUUGCAAUGAUAUGAAAAUACUCAGUGAGAAAGUGUUGAUAUUGGCUUAAUAAUAUAUUAAUUAAGAGAAUAUCAAAACUAUAUUUAUGAAUUGCAACCAAAUAGCAUAAUGGAAUUAGGAAUUCAUAAGAAUUAUGGAAAUUGGAUAUCAAGGUUAUAUUGGAAAUGUUAAAGAUAUGUAUAAACCAUAUUGGGUAAUAAAUUAUAUUAAUUAUAAGGUUGUUUUUGAAGGAAAUACAAAACAGUUAAUGAAUGUAACUUGUAAGGGAUUCAGAUAUUAUUUCGAAUAUUGUAGUUAAUUUAGUAAAUCUAAUUAACUUAUUGAUAAGUUAAAGUAAAGUGAUUAAAAGUUUAAAUAAUUUUUAAGUCUCAUAAGUCCAGAAUUAAGAGGGAUGGAUUUAUCUAGUUUCUUAGUCAAACCUGUAUAAAGAUUACCUAAAUACAUUCUAUUAUUUAAAGAUUUAGAAAAACAUACUGAGGAUGAUCAUCCUGAUAUGAAAAAUAUUAAAUUUUUACAUAAAUAUUUUAGAGAUAUAAAUGAAGAAAACAAUAAAUCUAUUGAUAUUUAUAUUGGAAGACUUUAAAUAAGUGAAUUAUGUGAUUAAUUUAAAUUAAAUAAAAUUGAUUUACUAUAGGAUCCAUUAAGAAUAUAUAAAUUUGAAGAAAAAUUAAAUAUUAUUUAAGCAAAUAAAGAAUUAAUUGUUUAAGUACAUGCUUUAAGUGAUCUAUUAAUAGUUAUUCAUGAUAAUAAAUUGUUUAAUUAAGUUAAAUUAGAUUCACUGUCUUUUGUAAAAGAUUAACCUGACACUAAAUAUUUUAAUAAUUUAUUUUAAAUUGUAGGUGUUGGAGAAGUAUUAUAAUGUUUUGCAGAGACAUUAUCUAUUAAAAAGAAAGCAAUUGAAUAAUUUGAGAAGCUAAUUUAAUUAAAUAGAGAAUAAGAAUGUAAAAAAGAAUUACAAUCAGGAAAAUUAACUUUUAUGAGAUAUCCAGUUUAAGUUGUAAUUGUAGGAACUGAAGAAAGAAAUUUCCAAUCUUUUUAAAAACAUACAUAAUAUAUAACAGAGAUAUCCAUAAAUAAAGUUUAUUAGAAUGUAUAAUUAUAUUUAACUUAAGAUAUAUGUUAGAUUUAGUGAAAUAGUAACUAUAUAUUAGAAAUAUUCAAAAAAGUAUCCUACAAUUGAAUUUCCAAAAUUUCCAAAUUAAAGUUGGUUAACAUAUUAAAAAACUAAAUCAAUUGAAGAACGUAAAUUUGUAAUAGAAGGAUUUUUAUAAACAUUACUAUAAUCUAAAUAAGCAUAAGGGGAUAUAUAGAUACUAAAUGAUUUAAGUAUAUUUAUAAUCAAUUUUAGAGUUACCAUUUAAUUUUUUUGAAUUACCUUAAAUAGUUAUUGAUCAAUAGAAAUCAAUUUUUAGUAAAUAUAAUACUACUUUGGAUGGAUUAGAAGAAUUGAAAAUUUAAGGUGUUUUAAUAGAUAAAUUAAAUAUGAGUGCUGGAGAAAUUUUAAAAGCUGUUUGUAUAGAAAAAGAGAGUAGAAAGAAAAGCAUUGCUCAAAUAUAACCAAAUAGAGUAGUAAUUUGGCAAUAAAAAUAUUAUACAGAACCCAAUAUGAAACGAGUCAUUAUUACUAUGCCUGAUGGAACUUUGACUGAAAUUGGAGUAGAUGAUAAGGCUAAGGUAAGUGAAGUACUUCCAUUUGUAGCAGGAUAUAAUUAAUUAAUUUAUUAUAAAGAUUUUCGAUUGUAUUUGAUUGAUUAAUUGAAAAAAUAAAGAAUUCUUGAUGAUGAUGAAAUAAUUAGUAAAGCUUAUGAUGAUGAAAAUUAAAAUAAUCAUGGAUGGCUAAAUAAAUUAGAAUAAAUUAUAACAGCUUCUAACACAGAGUACUAAUUUAUUUAUAGAGGAGUGUUGUCAUUAAGAUGAGAAAAUA